GUUUUCAGCCCACACAGAAAAUGUGAUCAGACAUUAUUGUGUGUAUUGAAUCAUUUCAGUGUGUAUCAGGAUGAGGGUGAACAUCUUCAGCUGGCUGUUAGUCUUUGCUCUGGUCUGUAAUGUCAGCGCAGAAAUAACCCAUAAAGUAGUCGAGGAGAAGGACUCUGUCAUUACAGCUGAUGGUGGCAGUGAGAUAAGACACAUUAAGGAUCCAGGAAAACGAUACGGUUCACAAGCAGAUAAAGCACUUCACAUUGGUAGAAUUACCAUCUCAGACACUGGAAGAUACUUGAAAACCCAGACAAGAUAUAGCUGCUGGAGCCAGCGUCGUUCUGAAAUGCCUCUCUGACGUUUCUGGGUCACGUGUCCCAAUGUGGACCAGAGAAAGGAAUGGAAAAAACAUCACUGUUUUCUCUCAGAAUCAGACGGACGAGCACAGGUUUCAAUAUUCGGCCGAGGAAAACGUGCUGACGAUAAAAGGAGUGCGGCCUGAUGAUGCCGGAUUGUACUUCUGUGAUGGAAAACCAGCUGCGUAUCUGAAUGUGAGCAAAGAGGAGGAGUCUGAGGGAGGUGAGAGAGCUGCUGUUUUGCUGGCUGUAAUACUCCUCCCCCUCCUCCUCAUCAUUUUCAUCAUCCUCUUCCUCAUUUGGAGAUGCCGCAUCAAAAGACGAGGAAGUGGUGAGGAAAUGCCUGACAUCUACUACGAAAAGGUAUCGAUUGGAUCUGUGUUUGAACCCGCACAAGAUGGUUUAAACCAAAACGAUCAGACUUACUCCGUCAUCCAUGAACUUCCAGCACUGGCAAACGAGAGCGCAACAUCUCAACCCAGUGAGCCCCUUUAUUCCCUCGUCAACAAGUUCUGAUGUCACUGAAACAAAUAAACGGACCAGAUAAGGAAUACAUCGUCUCCUCCUCCUGUUGACUCAACGCUGAUCCAGCCGCUGUAAUUUAUGCCGUAUAAUAGAUUGUGUUUCAGGAUUUAAUAAUUUUCACGUUUACAAUUAAUUUUACUUUAAUUUUAAAUUGUGUUCUUUUAAUCUACAGAUGUACAAUUUUGUAAAUUGUGUGGGGGUUUUUUUGGCUUUGCCUGCGUCAGCGUU